GUUAAAGUUCAUAACACUGGAGGCAUGUUCGCGAUGUAAAUUCAGUAGCUAACUGACAGGUGAACACAAGAGGACCACCGUGUCUUUCAGACCUGAAGAUAUGAGGCUGCUGUCCAAGGCAGCACUACAGAGAGCUCUCUCCUCACAGAAAACUCUGUCAGUUGAGGGCAGAAGGCCGUUCUGGGGAUGGCUCAAUGCUGUCUUCAACAAAGUAGACUAUGAGCGUAUCAAGGCAGUCGGUCCAGACCGUGCCGCUGCAGAGUGGCUAACAAGGUGCGGUGCCAAGGUGCAGUUCCAAGGGUUCGACCGCUGGCAACACGACUACAACGGCCUGCCCACCGGCCCUCUGGGACGCUACAAGAUCCAGGGCAUCGACGCCACAGACUCUUGCAUCAUGUACAAAGGCUUCGAUCACCUGGACGGACUGCAGCAUGUAGAAGAGAUCAAGUUCAACAAGAGUAUGUACAUAGAAGAUGCCUGCUUGGAGAGAAUUAGCACCAUAGAGAACCUACAGGCCAGCCUGUACAAGAUGGAGGUGGUCUCCUGUGGGAACGUGACUGACCGGGGUAUCAUCGCUCUGCAUAAACUCAGGAGUCUAGAGCAUCUGUACCUCAGCGAUCUGCCAGGAGUGGUAGAGAAGGAGAAGACAGUGGAGAGACUCCAGACGGCUCUACCUGGGCUGAACAUAGAGCUGGACCUGGACUGACAGACAGACAGACAGACAGACAGACUGAGGAUGAACCACAACCACAGGCAGACACAGAGGAACAGUCCGGCACAGUGGGCAGUACCACGGCCAGAAGAUGCACCUUGUUUUGCAGCAGCUGUCGUAUUCAUUAGUGCCAUAUUGUAGCACAUCGUAAAGUGUUUUGCAACGACA